AAAAGCAGCAGCCCGGGAGGCGGAGGGAACAGUUUUCUCGUUUAUCGGAAAGCGUAAGGAUAGUUGAGCAUGCCUGAACCAGCCAAAUCCGCUCCAGCCGCGAAGAAAGGCUCCAAGAAAGCGGUGACCAAAACCCAGAAGAAAGAUGGGAAGAAGCGCAGGAAGACAAGGAAGGAGAGUUACGCCAUUUACGUGUACAAGGUGCUGAAGCAGGUGCACCCCGAUACCGGCAUCUCCUCCAAGGCCAUGAGCAUCAUGAACUCCUUUGUCAACGAUGUGUUUGAGCGCAUCGCAGGGGAAGCCUCCCGCCUGGCUCAUUACAACAAGCGCUCCACCAUCACCUCCCGGGAGAUCCAGACCGCGGUCCGCCUGCUGCUGCCUGGGGAGCUGGCCAAACACGCCGUGUCCGAGGGCACCAAGGCUGUCACCAAGUACACCAGCGCCAAGUAACUGCUGCCCCAUCUCCUGCCCUACUCCCGGCAACACAAAGGCUCUUCUAAGGGCCCCCACCCCCUCCCUAUAAGAUCUGUAACUGGUUAGUAUAAAGGCGCCGCACUAUCUGUAUAGGGAACACAAUACCCGUACGACUCAGGCCUCAGUGGCGCCGCCCUGGGCUGUAGUUAUUCCCGUCUCUUCUUGCAGGAAUACCCGGCACUCUAGUCUAUAGAUCGUAUCUCAAGGUGAAGUGAAGUCGCUGUAUUUGUAUCGGACAAACGAGCGCUGUGAUACUU